AUGCCUGUUUUGAAGCGGCCGGCUUCAGCGAGUGGACUUCUUUCUAUGAAGAAGCCUGCUUCUCAUAGCUCCAUCAAGGACGUGGUCAGUGAACUCAAGGAUAGUCAGAAGCAUGAUGAGGACAAGGAAGGGUCUGAAGAAGUAGCGCGUGACAAGCAGAAAGCGCAAAAGUUUCACAAAAUGCUGAACCAGGGAUCACUACCGGAGCACAUCGUGCACAUGUACAACAUCGAAGCCAAGAAAAAUAAAGAUGGAGCUCGAGCCUUUCAGACCCGUUUGAUCAAUUCCCUGUUUCAGAAGAACAAGGACGGCACCUUCAGUGUACAAACUGAGAAGCAUGAGUUUCAGGAGUACAGGAAAAUUUACCACCAGUCUAUUGCAAAGGACAAGACGGAGGCAUUACCCCGUACCAUCAUGCUUGCAUCUCACUUCGGUGGGAAUGAGGCCUUAAUGAAGAAAGCCCUGGACAAUGGUGAGUUAGUGUCUAAGGUUGACAAGCAGUCCAACGUUGAAUACCUCCAGUUCAGGAAGCUCACCAAUGCCGAGGUGCGUGGCAAUGAAGAAGGAGAACACGUGGCUGGGUCCAAGAAGCUCUCCAGAGAGCAAGCUCAUUCCUUGGCCAGUGUCAUGGCCAAGCUCAAGUGGAAGUUUGAACUGAGCAAGGCUGAUGAAAAGCAGUUGGAGGACGCAAAUGAAAUUCCCGACAAGGUGAAGAAGCUUGCUGCCAAGGCUAAGGAUGCAUGCGAACGCUUGCUCAAGGAUGGAUCAAAGUUGGUGGGCCAGCCUGAAACCCAAAAAUUGAUCAAAGAUGGCUACAAGACCCUGUCCACUCACAUCAACAAUUUGAACACCCUCUUGAUGUUCAAUGAGUUGCCUGACAAAGCCACGAUCAACACCCACAGCUUGGAGAAUUUCAUUGGCACCAUCGCCCAGGACGUGGAUCAGUACCAUGGUGAGGUUCAAGCAGCCAAAGCUAGGGCCAAGGAAUUUGAGGAAACCGCAAACGGAAUGCUAUUGCUUUUGACUCAGAUUGCAGACCAUUUUGUUGAAGAAGGCCUGAAAGUCUUCGACAUUACAUCGAAAAGCCAUAUGCUUCAAGAAUUGGCUAUUUUGAGUCGAUGCAUCAAUCCCAAAGUCAUUUGGUGCUUUAUGGGGGAGGACCAGAUGCAACGAAUGCAACAAAUCGCCAAAGCUUGUGUUCGUGGAAACAAAGUUGACCAACAAACUUCAAAGCUGGCACGAAGAGGAAGAGGAAGAGGGAAAGAGAAAGAGAACGAGAAAGAGAAGGAGAAAGAUAAAGAGAAAGAAGAAAAGGAGAAGAGGAAGAGAGGAAGAGAGGAAGAGAGGAAGAGAGGAAGAGAGGAAGAGAGGAAGAGAGGAAGAGAGGAAGAGAGGAAGAGAGGAAGAGAGGAAGAGAGAGGAAGAGAGGAAGAAAGAGAGGAAGAGAGAGAGGAAGAGAGAGAGGAAGAGAGAGAGGAAGAGAAAGACGAAGAGAAAGACGAAGAGAAAGACGAAGAGAAAGACGAAGAGAAAGACGAAGAGAAAGAUGAAGAGAAAGACGAAGAGAAAAACGAAGAGAAAGACGAAGAGAAAGACAAAGAGAAAGACAAAGAGAAAGAUAAAAAGAAAGACAAAGAGAAAGACAAAGAGAAAAACAAAGAGAAAGACAAAGAGCAAGACAAAGAGGAAGACAAAGAAAAAGACAAAAAGGAAGACAAAGAAGAAGACAAAGAAGAAGACAAAGAGGAGGACAAAAAGGAAGGCAAAGAGGAGGACAAAGAGAAAGACAAAAAGAAAGACAAAAAGGAAGACAAAAACAAAGACAAAGAGAAAGACAAAGAGAAAAACAAAGAGAAACACAAAAAGGAAGACAAAGACAAAGAGAAAGACAAAGAGAAAGAGACAGGUUGA